GCCUGGAUUGAUGUCAACAGGGUUUGCGUAGCUUCACUUGAGGUGUACACGGAGGGACAAAUUUGAAGACCACAAGUCGGUCUUUAAAGAAGAGAGGAAAAUAUCAGGGCUAUUAUUCAUGGGUUUGUGGAAGAAUUUUAUGUUUGGAAGAUUGACAAGUAAAAGCAGGCUACCAAUAUGGACCAGUACUGCAGGGCUUCCACAGUCUUUGGCAGAAGCUGUGCGCGAAGAGGAGACUUGCUCUCUCCGUUUGCCUAUGGCCGCCACCAAAGCAUCAGCCAUCUUUCCUCUGCUGCUGCUACUGCCACUGCUGCAUCUCCUCUCUUCUGGAUUCGCAGCUGCAGGACAAGAAGAUUGCCCUCCAUUCUCCUGUGGGCAGCUCCGGGACGUCAAAUACCCUUUCCGUCGCAAAGAUGAUCCAGCUAUCUGCGGGAACACAACCUACCAACUCAGCUGCGACGCCAACAGAUCUACCAUCAGGAUUGGCUCUGCGGACUACUUCGUCACUCAGAUAUCGUACCUAUCGUCCUAUGAUACUUGGAUCCGGCUGGUGGAUCCUAACCUCGCCAAUGGAAGUUGUCUCCCUGCCCAACCUUUAUCGCCCACCAACUUGUCGACCGCGGAAUUCGAUUUAUAUUCAAAUUACUGGGCCAGUUUCAUGAAUUGCAGCGAGACGAUCCAGAACGACACACGGUAUCACCUCCUUUCAUGUCUGGGCCGCAAGGACACGUAUGUCUAUGUCAUCGUAGCCCCAGAAGCAGAUGAACUGCUCUACCUUCAUCCGUGGUGCGAGUAUCUAUCAAUGAUUCCGGUCGCUAAUGAUGCAUCUUUGUUCGACGAUCCACCGAGUUCAGCGAUCGACGCAUUCAGCAUCCUGCAGAAGGGGUUCGAUUGUUAUAUAAGUUCAGAGAUAAGUACUAAUUCAAAUAUUUCAGGAUCAGAUGGAAGCAGUCCUGACUGGAAAUCUCCCUUAAUUCACGAAUGUCUGAAAGAAGCCACAAGCAUGUUCUCCGACCUAAUAACCAGCAAGCAGCUACUAUCCAUCGUCUCCUCCGUGGUCAGAAGCGAGACUCAUUUCCCAGCCUGCGUGGAGGAUUACUUCAACAGCACUUUCAUUUAUGGGAUUACCAUUGCUGUAACCGUACUCAGUCUGAUUGUACAGCUCUUGAUAGUACUGUUGAUACUAUGCCGGUUCGUGAUGCCGCCGAUCAUACUCUGUGUCUUCCUUGCUCACAAACUGUGGGUCAGCCGAGCCUCCGUGGACACCGUGGAGAAGUUCCUCCGCGCUCAGCAAACGCUGACGCCCACCAGGUACGCCUACACCGACAUCGUCGCCAUCACACGGCACUUCAGGCAGAAGCUAGGCCAGGGAGGGUUCGGAUCCGUGUUCAAGGGCGAGCUCGCCGGUGGCCUUCUCGUGGCCGUCAAACUGCUCGGCAACUCCAAAUGCAACGGCGACGAGUUCAUCAGCGAAGUCUCCACCAUCGGCAGGAUCCACCAUGUGAAUGUGGUGAGGCUGGUCGGCUACUGCGCCGAGGGAUCCAAGCGGGCGCUCGUCUACGAGUACAUGCCCAAUGGCUCCCUCGACAGGUACAUCUUCGCUUCCAAACCAACCACGGCCCGCACUUUUACCUCGGAAAAGCUCAUCGACAUAGCCAUGGGCGUCGCCCGCGGCAUCCACUACUUGCAUCGAGGGUGUGACAUGCAGAUUCUGCACUUCGACAUCAAGCCUCAUAACAUUCUCCUCGACCGCAAUUUCACGCCCAAGAUUUCUGAUUUCGGACUCGCAAAACUGUAUCCAAAGGGCAACAGUCUGGUGUCAGUCAGUGCCGCCAGGGGGACGGUGGGAUACAUAGCUCCCGAGUUGAUCUCCAGGAGCUUUGGAAUCAUAUCGCACAAAUCAGAUGUCUAUAGCUUUGGGAUGCUGCUGAUGGAGAUGGCAGGAAGGAGGAGGAACGUGGAUCCUCGUGCAGAGAAUUCGAGCCAGGUUUACUAUCCUUCGUGGAUAUACGAUAAGCUCGCUCGGCAGCAGGAGAUCCAAUUCGACGACACCUCGGAGAUAGAGGAGUUGGAGAAGAAGCUGGCGGUGGUUGGAUUGUGGUGCAUCCAAAUAAAGCCAUCGGAGAGACCGACAAUGGCAAAGGUGUUGGAAAUGCUGGAAGCUGAUGCGAGCAGCCUACCGAUGCCCCCCAAACCCUUCUUUUCCUCCGUGGAUUCCACUUCAGAAACAAAGACUUGCUUGGUUUCAUCUUCCGCUGAGCUAUCCAUCAUCUCGGAAUGAAAAAUCAUUGUUCAAACGAGUAGAAAUAAGCAAUUGGAAUGGUGCACUGCAAUAAAGAAUCCGAGAAGAGGCAACAUGCCAUAAAGGUGGAUCAGUCAACGAGUCCUGUUUGGUUCGUCUAAUGUAGUUAUGAAGAACUCAGCUUUUGCCUGAAGACUACGAAAAUUAAUUGCCUGUUGUUUACAUCUCAUUUCUAUAUAGUUAUCGAUGUGGAGAAAUCAUUCUCUCUUCCGAUGUACUAUUUAGUCGCGUAACACUGGUAAUUUAGUCGUACUAGUUAGUUCUUCCAGUGCUAUAAUUGCUUGUCUUUGAACACUAUAUUGCUUUUCCUUUCCCUGCCAAGAACAGAGCUAUCAGUAUAAUUUCUUGUCUUCGAACACUGCAAUGCUCAGCCUUUCCCCUCCAAGAACAUAGAACUAUAAAUGUAUACAUGUAGCUUGAUCAAGUUACAAGAUCUAGAUCUCUUAGGUGCCACAGAUUCUGUUCUCAAGCAUCUUAAAGAACUCAUCGAGGAGAAAAAAAAGUAUCUAAUCAGCAGACUUGAGUACAUUUCUUUGUUUCUGUGUACUAAUGAUGGUUUGGAUGAAGGAGAGAGAGACCACCUCAGCGAGUAAAUUCAUGUUCUUCAGCUAAUCAUUGCAGAUUUCCAACUCAUUAAUUGCUGAGAUCUGUGAACUUGCAUGGUUGGUGGCUUAUUAUUUUCAAGCUUCCUAUUUUUCUUAUAAUUCUUUUAACAUCAUUGAGUGAUCGUGUGGGACAUCAGUCAUCAAAUUUAGAUCAUGUCGAAAACUCCAAUAUCAAUCAAGAAUUCACUUUCAUUAAGGAAAUGAUUUAUGGUCCACCAUAUUGUCACUUUCCAUCCACUAAUUGAGAUUGAAGUAGCAGAAGACAAAUCAACUUUGAAGCUUCUUAUGGAGGAUUUUUGACAGAAAUGUGAAGAUACAAAGCAUCAGAUGCAUGAUUAGUAUGUGUUGAUGAAACAUUCCUGUGUCUCAGGCUCAACCACAUCACAUCGAAACCAUUGGCAGUGUGACCGUAAGAUGGAUCAUCAGAAAGAGAACAAAAAAUGAAGGAAGAAGAAGAAAUGAACAUGCACUUGUGUGCUUCUACUGACGAAGAAGAUCCAUGGUUUUGAGCAAGAAAGGCCUGAACCUGUUCACAUCGAGCCUCACGUUCUGCUUCGCCAAGUACACCUCCCCCAUCUUGAAGAAGCCUUGCCUGUGAAGUGACUGUGGGUCUGUGAACACCGGAUGAUCUCUGGGGUACAGCUCCAGCAGCGUGCUCUCCUCCACCGUGAUGUUGUACUCCAGGUAGUGCAGCCCGGCGUCCGAGGACGGGAAUCUGAAGGUGUGCGAGGCCAUGCCCUCCAGCUCACAGCAGGGGACGAUCUGUAUCAGCACGGCGUUCUUGGGGAGGAAGACGAAGUUGGUGAGCCCGGCGCCGUGCACUCCCAUGAUCGCGUCGCACGAGUUCACCACGCUCGCGAACCCCGCGACGUCGCCGAACUUGGCGUCCGUCCUCACCACCUCGAAGCCCGACGCCUCCGCCAUCCGGACGAUCUCCGGUACGUUGGUGAACCUCCGCUUGCCCUUUCUCUCCACCACCAGUAGCCUCGGCUUCUUGGUUGGGUGCUCGCGCAAGCUGAUCGCGUGGUCUCGCGGCAGGGAGUAGGUGCCCCUCAGGAACUCGGUGAAGUCGAGCAUGGAGUAGGCGUUGGGAGCUUGAGCGGGCUCGAUGAUGAGGUCGUUGUGGAAGCGGAGGCCGACCAAGACGUGCGGGUGGCAGAGGACUUCGUCGCUGUGGUCGAGAUCGACGAGCUCGUACCGGGUGAGCCUCUUGAUGAUGGGCUGGUACUUGUGGAGCCACCACGGCUGGAUGUUGGUGAUGAGGAACUGGACGUCGCCGUCGAACUGCCGGGCCGUCAAGAACAGAGGGAGCAGCACGUCGGUGAAGUCGUGGUAGUAGUUCCCGGUGAAUCCACCGAGCGCGAACACGAUGGCUGGGACUGCCUGGUUGACGGUGCACCGGGGGAGGAUUGCGGAGGCGCCGCCGUUUGCCGUUGCUCUCACCGUGACCUUGGGGAUGUUCUCCAUCUGCUUGCGGACGUAAGGCACGACCUUCCAUUGUUCUUCCCUUGGUUGAUGGGGGGAAACGAACACCACGGAUGAGGACUUGCCGUGGAUUCGAACGUCGCCCUUCAUCUCGCAGAAUUCAGUUCUCGGAUUGUUUAAGUCGCAGAUUGGCUUCGUCAUCUGAAUCAUUCUGUCUUCUCUUUUUGGAGCGUGAAUCUUUUCGGCUUCUGAGCAGCAUCAAGCUCGUGUUGUUAUGUUAUCAUUGAAGUAGAUGGAUCCAAUUUGGCUAAGAUGAUCGAGCAUACCUGGUUGCUUGGGUUCUCUCUUCCCUUCCUUGGUGAUUGAGUGGGGAAUAGUGGAAGAGUUCUUGCGGUGCACGCUCUCGUCUGCAGUGUUUCCAUGCUGAUCCUCUGUCUUUCUUCCUCGUUCUGCAAGAGAGAAAGAAGACGAUAUCUCAGUGGAAUUAAUCCUAAAUGAUUGGAAGAAGAGAUUGCAUUGAGUUCAGACGGGUCCAGAACUCGGUGUGCUCUCCAAAACAGGGAUCAUUGACUUCCUGGUUUCUUCCUCUUCUCAGGGCACAUGGCUCUCUGUGUCCUCUCUCUCUCUCUCUCUCUCUCUCUCUCUCUCUCUCUCUCUCUUAGUAUGCUUUCAAGAUGAAGCAAUGUCGAUAGUUCUUCUUACCUUGAUUUUGUAGUCUAAUUUUGCCUUCCACCGCUUCGGUGUCGCGAACUCUGUAGGCUACAGAUGGCUGCUGAUCAACUGCAGAACAAGAGAAACAGAACAAAUAAGGAUCCAACGAUCUCUGCGUCUCAAAACUUCUAUAGACAUAGAGAUUACUACAAGAAGAAGAAUAGCAGAACAACAAAAGGAAUCGAGGGAGGAGAGAAGACUCACCGGAAGUCUCCGACAUGGAGAUGAAGUAUGUUAAGAUGACCACGCAGCAUCCCACGAGCAACGCCAAACCGAGCUUCCGUGCCUCGAACCGACUCAAGUUCCGAACUACAGUCUUCUCGUAUCCCAUCUUCCGGGCGUCGCCGCCGCUGGUGGAAGCUUCAGCUGAAAGGAAUCACCGGUGGUGAAGGGGAGAGUUGUACGGAACACACAGCAAGAAAGCUCUUCUUUUCCCCCCGCUUGCUGCCAAAGCCUGGUUGGGAAUUCUCCUGUGGAAUGGAUCUGUGGGCUCUCUCUCUCUCUCUCUUCUUCUUCUUCUUCUUCUUCUUCUUCUUCUUCCAAACCCUGUGUAGCUUUGAGAGAGAGGAAUGGGUGCAAGAGGUUGCAUUUAAAUAUAUCUCCAAAAAAGAUACUCUUCAUCUAAGGAGAUGUAAAACAUUGACUAGUCUGCUUGAGGAAUUAGUCAUCUCCAGUAGGCAAAUCUCAAAUGUUCAUUUUCCAGAAUUCCAAAUCAAAAAAAAUACACCUUUCUACUUUGUA